GAUUGAUAGCACACGAUGGGAAAAAGCCCGAAAUGGUCUCAUUUGUUGUUUCCAACAAAGCUUUUUUGUCCAAAACCAAAAUAUUUGCCACAGGUACUACAGGCGGCCACAUUGCAAAAGAAGGCUUUGACGUCGAGUGUCUCCUUUCAGGUCCAAAAGGUGGUGAUGCACAAAUAGCUGCAUUGCUUGCCACGGGUUUGAUUGACGUAGUAAUAUUCUUUAGAGAUCCUUUAGACAAACACCCACACGAGCCUGAUGUACAGAUGCUUAUGAGACUUUGUGAUGUUCAUAACAUUCCACUUGCUACAAAUCCAAAAACGGCACACUAUAUCCUAAAAGGUAUUGAAACCGAAGAAUUCAGAGCAAUAUCUGAUACGAUACCACAUGAACCCGGUGUGUAUCGGUUUCUUGACCACGAUGGUACUAUUUUGUAUGUAGGUAAAGCAAAAAGUCUUAAAAACAGGCUAAAUUCUUAUUUUGGUGACAAAAAACAUGCGCAAUUUAAGACAGUAUUGCUUACAAGAAAUGCUGCAAGGAUUGAAUUUACAGUAGUAGAAACAGAACAUGAUGCGUUAUUACUCGAAAAUUCACUAAUUAAAAAAUUUCAACCUAGAUAUAACGUAAGUCUAAAAGAUGGUAAGUCAUACACCUAUAUUUGUAUCAAAAAUGAACGAUUUCCAAGGGUAUUUUUUACUCGAAGGGUAAUUCGAGAUGGUUCUCAAUAUUUUGGACCAUAUACAUCAAAAUAUAGGGUUAAUAUUCUGUUGGAGAUCAUCAAAAAACUAUUUACACUCCGUACUUGUACGCUAAAUUUAUCCGAGGAAAAUGUCAAUAAAGGCAAAUUUAAAGUUUGCCUAGAGUACCAUAUCAAAAAUUGUCAAGGUCCCUGUGAAGCUUUGGAGUCUGAAGAUUCAUAUAAUUAUAAGAUUGAACAAGUCAAAAACAUCUUAAAGGGAAAUCUUGGUGGUGUAAAAAAAUACAUCACCGAUCAAAUGAAAUCACAUGCUGAAAACUUAGAAUUUGAAAAAGCACAAGUUUUAAAGGAUAAGCUAUUCGCAUUUGAAGACUAUCAGUCUACUUCUACGGUCGUGAGCACCACAAUAAAAGAUAUUGAUGUAUUUGCCAUCAAAAAGGAAGAUCAAAUGGCAUAUGUCAACUACCUUAAAAUUAUAAAUGGAGCUUUGGUCAAUACAGACAUCAGUGAAAUGGUCAUGAAUCUAGACGAUGAAAUCGAAGAUUUAUUAUCUUUUGUCGUCCCUACCAUCCGGGAAAAAUUCAAUAGUAGCAAUCCUGUAUCAAGUUGUGUUGUAUUCAAAAAUGCUAAGCCAAGUAAUAAAGAUUAUCGACAUUUCAAGGUUAAAACAGUAGUUGGUCCUGAUGAUUUUGCAUCCAUGGAAGAAGUUGUGUUUCGAAGGUACAAACGAAUGUUGGACGAAAAUAGCAGUUUGCCACAAUUGAUCAUAAUUGAUGGUGGUAAAGGUCAAUUAAGUUCUGCGGUAAAAAGCUUGGAAUCUUUAGGUAUACUUGAUAAAGUAACGGUGAUUGGUAUUGCUAAAAAAUUGGAAGAGAUAUUUUUUCCAGGGGACUCUCUCCCACUCUAUAUUAAUAAAAAGUCUGAAUCGCUUAAACUCAUCCAACAAGCUAGAAAUGAAGCACAUAGGUUUGCUAUUUCAUUUCAUAGAGACUUAAGGUCUAAAAAUUUCUUAGGAACUCAGCUUACAAAUAUACCAGGUAUUGGA